AUGUCUUCUCCUCGUCCCUCUUCCCCCGACAGCGGCGCUGCUGCCAGCGGUGCCAGCGUCGGCCGCCCCUCGUCCCCUGCCAUCCCUGGUGGUCCCCGAACUGCUAUCCGACGACGUGCUGCCGCCGAUCAGAAGGAGAAGAUUGCCAAUGCGCGACCAAGCAGCACCCGCGCUGCCGGCGCCGGCGGCUCCUCCAGCACCAUGCUGCGACUCUACACUGACGAGUCGCCUGGUCUGAAGGUCGACCCCGUUGUUGUUCUGGUUCUCUCUCUGGUCUUCAUCUUCAGCGUUGUCGCCCUUCACAUUAUUGCCAAGAUCACCCGAAAAUUCUCCAGCUAA